AACUUAUGUUGAAUAACUGAUCAUGUAGGAUACAUUUCAUCCCGUACCUUUUCAUCUAAGAAGACAUCAUCAAUAUCAUCAAAGUAAAUAUCUCUCAAAGUUGUUAAAAUUACCGAAUGACAUUGAUUCAAUGAAAAUGCCAACGGUUAACUUUUCUCCAUUUCAAUUGUAUGAAAUAAAUUUUCUAGAAAUAAUUAGUAGUUAAUCAGUCAAUUUCAAUCAAUCCACGAUGUUUGAGCAACCGUUCACUAAUUGUCUUCAACAACUGAUACAUAUGUUAAACAGGUAUUAUCUGACUUCAAAAUCAAACAAUUCUUCUUCUUCUUCUUCUUCUAAGAUGUUAGCUACCAACGAUGUCAUUAAGUCACAAUAUGAUACAUUAUUAGAUAAACAAUCUAUGAAUUCAUGGCUUCCAUUACCACAUCCAUGUGUAUUCACUUCAAAUUGGUCAUCUUUUCAUCAAUUUGAUCUAAUUAAAAAUUAUCCAUUAUCUUGUUUAUAUUCAAAACAUAUAUAUGAGUCAAAUUCUACAUUGAAAGAAUCCUGCUUAGAUAUUCAUAAACUAGGAUCUAUGACCAAAGAAUCCACUUUAAACAAUGAUCAUGAUAUAGAAGUGAAGAAAGUGUGUGAAACAGAUUUAAAUAUGGUCGAGGAUGAAAACAUUACAAAUGAAUAUCCUAAUAAAGAAUAUGAAAUUCUACCAAAAGAAAAGAAACCAAUAUUAUCCAUUCAUAAAAGUACAACUCCUCCUCUUCCUCCUCCUCCUCCUCCUCAUCAUCAUCAUCCAUUAUCAAUGAAAAAAUUUACAAUUCGUGAAACAACAAAUUUAUUAAAAUCCUGGUUAAAUAAUCAUCGUUAUAAUCCAUAUCCAACUAAAAAUGAAAAAAUUAAAUUAUCUUUAAUAACUCAUUUAAGUUUAACACAAAUAUCAACAUGGUUUGCUAAUGCUAGAAGAAGAUUAAAAAAAGAAAAUCAAAUGACAUGGAUCCCGAAAAUACGUCAUCAUAGAAUAAUAACAACUAAUUCAAUUCAUUUAAAUAGUCAUUAUACUACUAAUACUAACAAUACUACUGAUACUACUGAUAAUCAUAAUAAUAGUAUUAGUGGUAGUGGUAGUAAUAAUAAUAAUACGGACCAAUUACCAAAAGUGACAUCAAAUUUAAGGUCAACAAUAAUGACAGAUUAUUCAAUUCAUCCAGUAAAUAAUAAUCAUCAUCAUCAUUUGAAAUCUUUAAAUAGUCAACUAAUUUUUAAAUAUUUUCUGAAUAAAAACACACAACAACAAGGAGAACAAGUACAAGUAGAAGAAGGAGAAGAACGACGACAACAACAACAAUCGGGAGAACAAGAAGAAGAAGAAGGACGACGACAACAAAAAGAAGACCAAGAAGAAGAAGAAGAAGAAGAAGAAGAACGACGACGACAACAUCAACAACAACAAGAACGACGACAAGAAGAACAACAAUGUUUUCAAAUCCAAGAUAAAUUGGCUGAAUAUUCAAAUAUUUUAUUGAAUGAUAUCAAUUUAUCUAAGAUCAAAUCAAUCAUUGAUAAGAAUACUAUAGAGAAUAAUAAUAAUGAUCUAUGGAAUCAUGAUGAUAAUACUAAACUAAUUCAUAUGAAUCCAUUAAUUUACCAAAAAAAUAUUGAUCAAUAUCGAUUAUAUUGUAAAUCAUUAGAAUCAUCAGAAUUGUCAUCCUCAUCUUCAUCAUCAUCUGUUGAAUCUACUACUACUACUAUCAAUAGUAGUAUCGUAAUAGAUCCACAAAGAAACCCAUUGAAUAAUCCUUCUAAAAUAUGGUCCGUUGCUGAUGUCAUUGAUGUAUAAAGAAAUAAUGGGACUCAUGGAUGAAUUGAAUUAUUUGAAUUAUGUUUUUCUUCCAUUUCUUUUUUCUUUCUUUUUUUCUUCUUUUUUG